AUGUGGCAGGACCCUGGGUUCCUGUGUGUGGCCUGGAGCAGGCCGGGCCCCAUGGGAUCUCCCUUCUUUCGGCUGCUGAACCUGCGGAAGCUGGGCCUGAGUGACAACGAGAUCCAGCGGCUGCCCCCCGAGGUGGCCAACUUCAUGCAGCUGGUGGAGCUGGACGUGUCCCGGAACGACAUUCCAGAGAUCCCUGAAAGCAUCAAGUUCUGCAAGGCCCUGGAGAUUGCAGACUUCAGCGGGAAUCCCUUGUCUAGGCUCCCGGAAGGCUUCACUCAGCUGCGCAGCCUGGCUCACCUGGCCCUGAAUGACGUGUCCCUGCAGGCGCUUCCCGGGGAUGUGGGCAACCUCGCCAACCUGGUGACCCUGGAGCUCCGGGAGAACCUGCUCAAGUCUUUGCCGGCGUCUCUGUCCUUCCUGGUCAAGCUGGAGCAGCUGGAUCUGGGAGGCAAUGAGCUGGAAGCGCUGCCUGAUACCCUGGGGGCUCUGCCCAACCUGCGAGAGCUGUGGCUGGACCGGAACCAGCUGUCCACGCUGCCCCCGGAGCUGGGGAACCUGCGGCGCCUGGUGUGCCUGGACGUGUCCGAGAACCGGCUCGAGCAGCUGCCGUCGGAGCUCGGCGGGCUGCUGCUGCUCACGGACCUGCUGCUCUCCCAGAACCUGCUGCAGCGGCUGCCUGAUGGCAUCGGUCAGCUGAAACAGCUGUCCAUCCUGAAGGUGGACCAGAACCGUCUGUGCGAGGUGACGGAGGCCAUCGGCGACUGUGAGAAUCUCUCCGAGUUGAUCCUCACAGAAAACCUGCUGACGGCUCUGCCCCGUUCUCUGGGUAAGCUGACCAAGCUGACCAACCUCAACGCAGACCGCAACCGUCUGGAGGUGCUGCCGCCCGAGAUCGGAGGCUGCGCGGCACUCAGCGUCCUCUCCUUGAGGGACAACCGCCUGGCCGCCCUGCCGCCCGAGCUCGCCCACACGGCUGAGCUGCACGUGCUGGACGUGGCCGGCAACCGGCCGUCAAGGCCCCCUCUGCCCAUCCCUUCCCCUGGGCAGACCUCCGGGAGCCAAUAA